AUAAAAAAAUCUAGUCCUAGUAUACACCAAACGCAGGAUAAGUGUUAUUCAACUUAGACCAAGCCAAGUCAAGCCUAGACAGUUCAUAAGUAUAGUCCAUGCCAAGCCAAGCCUAGACAGUUCCUAAGUAUAGUCCAUGCUAAGGCAGUUCUAUGUAACAAACGAGCCCAGUAUUAUUGCUAUAAAUAUAAUAAAAAAAAUAAAAAGACAAAAGUCUACCGUGAAACUAAUCAGAAUAGUUCCCCCAACUCAACGGUCCAGAUUCCAGAUAAAACCCCCAGAUACAAAAACACAAAAGAAACUCUUUCAUUCUUCUCUUCCUUCUCUGCAAAUACUUUCCAAAUUCUUUCCAAAUUCUUAACAUCGCGCAUCAAUCAACAUCACCACGCAAAAAUCAUGUGUUACGGUCAGCAACGACCCUUCUCCAGAGACAACCUGACCCCUACGCGCGUCGUCCGAUUGCCGAACGACAACGCGGUUGUGGUCGCAGAUCUGCGCGGCCGCCUGGCUGAGACGGAAGCACGGCUGGCGCGAGCCAGGGCUCGGGAAGCAGAGCUCAGCCGCCGCCUCAAUGAGAUGAAACGAUUCGUUUCGGUCAUGGAGAUCCUCGAAACCUAUCUCAAACGUCGCUUCCGCGAGCAGCAAGAAUAUGUAUCUGACCUCUUCUCUCCCUCUCCCCUGUCAAGUAAAUAAAAAGCCCCAAACCAUCACUAAUUGCCUCCUUUUCUUUUGCGCAUUUUAUCGAACACCUCUUGUUCAUAGUUUUCCCUUUUUACUUUUUUCGUUUUUUGUUUUGUUUUUUAGGUUGGUUUUAAUGGUUCUGGGUUUAUCAUCAGGUCCUGUUUGUGUUUGUAUUAUUACAUGACAUUAUUAUCAAUGUGAUGCAGAUUAUUGAUGAACAAGAUUUAUACUUGGAUAGUUAUCUAGUGUAAAACAACUAGUAGAUUUGCUGUUGUUUGGAAUUUGGAUACUGGAAU